AUGAAUCAUGCGGUGGACGACUAUUAUGAGAAUAAGGACAUGUGCCCGAUCUGUAAAACAGAUCGGUAUUUAUCUCCAGAUGUUAAAUUUUUAGUUAACCCCGAGUGUUACCAUAAAAUCUGUGAGUCGUGUGUGGAUCGUAUUUUUAGUUUAGGUCCAGCUCAAUGCCCAUAUAAGGGAUGUGAUAAAAUUUUAAGAAAGAACAAAUUCAAGACUCAGAUAUUCGAUGAUGUUGGUGUCGAAAAAGAAGUGGAUAUUAGGAAACGAGUCUUCAAUGUCUUCAACAAAAAAUUAGGAGAUUUUGAUGAAAAUUUGGAGGAGUUUAAUAAGUAUCUCGAAGAAGUAGAGGAUAUAAUCUACAACUUAGACAAUGGCAUAGAUGUGAAUAAAACGGAGGAGAAGUUGCGAUCCUACGAGGAGCUUAACAAGCAGCUGAUAAUGGCCAACAUUGAGAGGAGCAAACAGGAUCUAGAAAAUUUCGAACAGAGGCAACAGUUUGAAAAAGAGAUGAGACUGAAAAAGAGAAUGCUGGAAAGACAGAUCGAGGAUGAAGAGCGAAUGAACAAAGAUUGGGCAAAAAAAGAAAUAGUGAAUAGACUUUCAAAUGCUGAUGAUGCCGAGGAUGUUAUCGAGGGCGUCAAAAAUACUGUAAAACUAAAAAAGUCUUCGGCGAGAAGGAAGCUGGAAGAACUAAACAGGGUUAUGAAAAGUAAUCCGUACUUGGCAGCUAAUAAUAGCGGACCCAGAAAAGAUGCGGUGCCAUUCACACCAUUCAACGGUGACAGAGAUGCUUCGAAGCGUUUUACCAUUAACGACGCCCUGUACGAGGAUCCAUUUAUUAAAGAUUUGCAGGAAAGGAAAGAAUUUAUUGCAUCGGGUUUCAGAGUUGAUUAUGUCUAUAAUAGAGUUCUCACAGAGGCGUUUAUGGGACUCGGCUGCGUAUUAGCUGAAGAACUACAAACCUCUUAA